AUGGUGGUAGUGGUAAAUAUUAGAGGCAAAAUUUCGAUGCUACUGUGCUUGGAUGAGAUGAGAGUCUCCGGAAGGUCUCUAAAUAAAGAUAGAACGAAUACUGAAGCAUGUGCAGUUACUAUUCAGAACACGCUGUUGGGAUAUAAUGUAGGAAAUAAACCUCAAGAAUUAAAAGAUAAUUUAGUGUUCAGAGCUUGCAUAUCAAAACUAAUAAAGAAAUGUAUACAUGACUGUCCCAUGACUUCGGAAUAUAAUCCUGUUUGUGGAUCUAAUGGAAAGGUUUAUUCAAACCCCGGGACUUUGAUAUGUGCGAGACAUUGUGGCGUUGAUGUUUAUAAAACGGGACAUGCGCCCUGUUAUAUACCAAUUCAGAAUUCAUAUCCUGAAGAAGACUCAUAUCUAAAUUCGGUGCUGUGUCCUGAUAGUGUGGAUAACCCACCUCGGUCUUCAAACACGCCUCUGCUACUUCGCUUCUUAGGCCUAAAAUCAACUCUCUAAUUACUUACCCUUGUGACGUUAUAAACAAAAAGUAAAAAGAAAAUUUCCC